GCCACCGGGCGGUAGGUGGUAGUUUCCGGUUCCGGCCUUUGACGGUCAGGAGGUUCAUGGAAACGGCAGCAGUAACGGUCACGGCUCGAAAUGAGUUGUACUAUAGAGAAGGUUCUGGCUGAUGCAAAAGCGCUGGUGGAACGGCUGAAAGAACAUGACAGUGCAGCAGAAGCUCUCAUUGAGCAGACCACUGCCCUCAACAAGCGAGUGGAGGCCAUGAAGCAGUACCAGGAAGAUAUUCAGGAACUAAAUGAAGUGGCGAGGCAUCGCCCUCGCUCCACCCUUGUGAUGGGAAUCCAACAAGAAAACAGACAAAUAAGAGACCUACAGCAGGAAAAUAAAGAAUUACGGACAUCACUAGAAGAACAUCAAUCCGCACUGGAGCUCAUCAUGAGCAAGUACAGGGAGCAGAUGUUCCGCCUGCUGAUGACCAGCAAGAAGGAUGAUCUUAUGAUGAUCACAAAAUUAAAGGAACAGCACUCCAAGGAACUCCAAGUCCACGUGGAUAAGAUCAAUGAAAUGGCCACAGUGAUGCGAAAGGCAAUUGAGAUAGAUGAACAACGUCUGUUUAAGGAACAAGAGCGAAUUGUUCAAUUAGAAGUAAAAGAUUUAGCCGCCUCCACAGAUGAAAUGGCAUUGAGGACAGUGUGGGUGGAGAAAAUCUACUACAAUCAUCUUCAGCUAUUCCAGCACUGGCCAUCCCUCCAUCAUAAGGUCAAAAGUGGGGAUGUUUGCCAAUAAUUACAGCUUCAAUAACAGCUCAGUACCAUAUCCACAAAUAUAUCACAAAUGCAUAUGUGAAGUGCUGGAGAAACUCAGCAGGCUAAGCAAUAUCUGUGGAGAAAGAAACUGAGAUAUUGGCUUCAGUAUGACUUCUUCAGAACUGGUUAACUAGUUCUAGCACUGAGGGUUUAUAGUUUAAAAUAAGGUGUUAUCUGAUGAGGAAAUAUUUCUGUCAAAGAGUUGACUAUCUUGAGAAUUGAGAGUCUAGAUUAUAGUGGUGCUGUAAUCCUGAUGAAGGGCUUUUGCCUGAAACGUUGAUUUUCCUGCUCCUCGGAUGCUGCCUGACCUGCUGUGCUUUUCCAGCACCACUCUAAUCUAGACUCUGGUUUCCAGCAUCUGCAGUCCUCACUUUUGCCUAUCUUCAGAAUUCCCUUCCUCAAAAGGCAGUAGGUAUAGAAUCUUUGUAUUUUUUUAAGGCAGAGUUAGAUAGAUUCCAAGUGAUCAAGAAAGGUCAAGUUCCUGUUCAAGUCAGAUCAGCUAUGAUCUAAUUGAAUGGUGGAGCAGGAGGGUUGCUUACUCUUUUCAUAGGUAGUGAAAAGUACAGUUUUAUUGCAAGGCUAAUUCUCACCUUCAAAAGAUCCAAAUGUAUUUUUUUUUAAAUUGUAAAACUGUUAUUGUUUAGGGUGUAGGUUUGAUAUCCAGACGUUUCAUUACCUGGCUAGGUAACAUCAUCAGUAGCAACCUCCAAGUGAAGUGAAGCUGUUGUCUCCUGCUUUCUAUUUAUAUGUUUGUUCUGGAUGGGGUUCCUGGGGUUUGUGGUGAUGUCAUUUCCUGACGGGUUGAUAGAUGGUAUCUAGAUCUAUGUGUUUGUUUAUGGCGCCUCUAGGAAUUCUCUGGCACGUCUUUGCUUAGCCUGUCCCAGGAUAGAUGUGUUGUCCCAGUCGAAAUGGUGGAUUUUUUUUUUCCUCCUUGUGUAGGGCUCCAAGGGGAAGAGGGUCGUGGCCUUGUGUGGUUAGCUGGUGUUAAUGCAUCCUGGUGGCUAACUUUCUUCCUGUUCUUACCUACGUAGUGUUUCUGGCUAUAAAAUUCCAUGCAAGAUGACCAGAAUUGCACACAAUAUUCCAACAGUGGCCUAACCAAUAUCCUGUACAGCCACAACAUGACCUCCCAACUCUUGUACUCAGUACUCUGACCAAUAAAGGAAAGCAUACCAAACAACACCUUCACUAUCCUAUCUGCGACUCCACUUUCAAAGAGCUAUGAACCUGCACUCCAAGGCCUCUGUUCAGCAACACUCCCUAGGACCUUACCAUGGGCCCAUCUGGUCCAGAUCCUGUUAUAAUUUGAGCUAACCCUCUUUGCUGUCCACUACACCUCCAAUUUUGGUGUCAUCUGCAAACUUACUAACUGGACCUCUUUUACAUAAAUGACUCUGAUGCGAGCAAAUGACAAAAGGUAGAGGGCCCAGUACCGAUCUUUGUGGCACUCCACUGGUCACAGGCCUCCAGUCUGAAAACAACCCUCCACCCCACCCUCUGUCUUCUACCUUUGAGCCAGUUCUGUAUCCAAAUGGCUAAUUCUCCCUGUAUUCCAUGAGAUCUAACCUUGAUAAAUCAGUCUCCCAAGGGGAGACUUGUCAAACACCUUACUGAAGUCCAAAUAGAUCACAUCUACUGCUCGACCCUCAAUCUUUGGAUUAAAAGAGGGGUAUUUAAGAAAAUUAGAUCAUUACAGCACAGUAGAGGCCCUUCAGCCCUCUAUGUUGUGCCGGCCUGUGGAACCAAUCCAAAGCCCAUCUAUCCUUCACUAUUCCAAAUCCCUCCUACUAUGACAUCUGUCCUUUAUCACCCUUCAAUGUAAAGCUACGUCCACUCAUGCUAGCCAUUACUAUGAGAAAAAAGGCUCUCGUUGUCUUCUCUAUCUAACCCUCUGAUUAUCUGAUGUCUCACUUAAGUCACCUCUCAAAUCUUCUAACAAAAAAAAACAGGUUCAAGUCCCUCAGCAUUUCCUCCAUACCAGAUAACAUCCUAAUAAAUCUCCUCUGAAACCUUUCCAGAGCUUCCACAUCCUUCCUAUAACAUGGUGACCAGAACUAUAUGCAAUAUUGCAAUUGUGGCCACACCAGAGUUUUGUACAGCUACAGUAUGAUCUCAUGGUUCCAAAACUCAUUCCCUCUACCAAUAAAAACUAACACCAUAUGCCCUCUUAUCAACCUGGCUGGUGGCUUUCAAGGAUCUCAUAUCUGGACAUCUCUGCCUAUCUACACUACCAAGAACCUUACCAUUAGCCCAAUACUCUGCAUUCCUGUUACUCCUUCCAAAGUGAAUCAAUCACCUCACACCUUUCUACAUUAAAUGCCAUUUGCCACCCCUCAGCCCAUCUCUGCAGCUUAUCCAUGUCUCUCUAACCUACAACAUCCACAACUCUACCAAGCUUGGUGUCAUCCACAAAUUAACUAACCCAUCUAUAAAUGACCUGGAUGAGGGCAUUGACAAAACAGCAGUGGCCCCAAAACAGAUCCCAGUGGUACCCUACUAGUAACCAAACGCCAGGAUGAGCAUUUCCCAUCAACCACCACCCUCCGCCUUCUUUCAGCUAGCCAAUUUCUGAUCCAAACCAUAAAUCACCCUCAAUGCUAUGCCUCUGUAUUUGGUGCAAUAGCCUACUGUGGGGCUCUUUAUCAAACACCUUACUGAAAUACAUACAUGCUUUACCCUCAGCCACCUGUUUGGUUACCUUCUUAAAAAGAACUCGAUUUAGGCUUGAGAGAGGCACGAUCUACCCUUUACAAAACCAUGUUGCUCUCCCUAAUCAACUUAUUCCUUUCAAGGAAGCUAUAAAUCCCAUCUCUAACCUUUUCCAACACUUGACCCACAACUGAAAUAAGGCUCACUGGUUACCACCAGGAUUGUUUCUACUCCUUCUUGAACAAAAGGAACAACAUUUGCUAACCUCCAGUCUUCUGGUACUAUUCCCGUAGACAAAUGACAACAACAAAAAAAAAAUCAAAGCCAAGGCUCAGUCUCCUCCCUGGCUUCCCAGAAAAUUCUAUGAUCAAUCCCAUCUGGCCCUGGGGAUUUUUUUUUUUAAAAACUCCAGAAUUGCUAACACCUAGUGAACCUCCAUUCCCAUCUAGUCUAGUAGCCUGUAUCUCAGUAUUCUCCUUGACCACGUGUCUUUCUAGUGUAAAUACAGAUAAAAAAAAAAUCAUUUAAACACUGCUCCUAUCUCCUUGGACUCUCAACUUCCCACUAUCCUCGAUUGGCCCUAAUCUUACUCAGUGUUGGGCAUCUAGAAGGGUCAUUGAGGCAGGAAUCAACUUUUCUUUUAAAAAAAAGACUUGGAGGAGUAAUUGAAGUCUAAUAAUCAAAGCCAAGGGCCAAGUACUGGCAAGUGGGACUAGUGUAGAUUUAGUGUAGCUUUGAGACCAUAGUGGGGUAAGUGAGGACUGCAGAUGGAGAUCAGAGCUGAAAAUGUGUUGCUGGAAAAGCGCAGCAUCCAAGGAGCAGGAGAAUCGACCAUGGUGGGGUUUCAGCAUUGGAACAGAAAAUCUUUUCAUUUAACAUCUUAAAAUUCUAAGAGGUGUGCUCAGAGCUAAGAUUUUGCAGGCUUUCUUCCAGCAUUCCAAUAGUUUCAAAAUCAACAGUUGGGUCCACAAGAGGAAUCUGAACUACCCCUCAAAACAGAGGAUGUGUAAAAGAAUCCCCAGCCUGAAGGGGACAGAAAGACUAUCCAGGUUGACAUCCCAAUGUAGUAUUAUCCUUUGGAGGAAACAUUAAACAAAAGCUAAUUCUGCCCUUGGGUAUGACAAUUGCAUGUCCUGAGCAAUAUUUCACCUGGAGCAGCUAUUAGUUUAUCAUUGUCUACAGAACCUUGGCUGAAGUUGUUUAACUGUACUGAAAACAAGUAGUGCUGGAGAUCUCAGCAAGUCAGGCAGCAUAGAGGGGGAGAGGGAGAGGGGGAAAACAAACGAGCAAAGCGAACGUAGAGUCUAGAUGACUCUAGAAGAUGGUUAGCUUGUUCUUGCUCAUGGAUGCUGCUUGCCUGCUAAGAUUUCCAGCAUUUGUUGUUUCAGUACAGAUUCCAGCAUCUGCAGCAACUUGUUCCCUCAUUCAGCUCUAAAGUACUCAGGCACCAAGGUAAUAUUGAGGUGCUAAAUAAGUGUAAAUUACUUAUGAAAGGGGCCAGUCCAAAUAAACCAUAUGAA